GUGUGCCCCGACAUCGCCAUGGACGUUGACGAUACUAGCACAGUCGCCUACUGGUUCGCGUUCUUUGGUGGAGGCGAGUUUCCAUGGACCGAGCUCGAAGUCUCAGAAAUCGAAUCUCGCAGAGCGCGCAUGGCAGACCUGCUGCUAUUCGACGUCCUGCUCAUCCGGGGUGGAAUCCGUCAGCCAGACAUGUAUUAUCCCCCUGUAGACAUAUCUUCCCUGCGUCGCUUACUUCGUGCCAUCGACACAUCCACCUAUGAUAUCUUGAAGAAGGACUGUCUCGUUUAUAUUCUAUUGAAGUGGUACCAAGACAAUCGCGUGGCGCGUUUUCAGGAUGAAAAAUGCAUACCACCACAGUUUGCGGCUCUUGCAGAUGCAUACUGGCAUCUCGACACGGGCCAUCAUGUUGCAAAAGCCGUGUCCAUACUUGCCGACGCCCGCCUCAACAGGGAUUAUGUCUCUAAAAUCUUACAGGCACUGGCUCUUGACGAUCAUCCUUCGCCACUGGUCGUGAAGUAUGUUCGUACUGCAAAACCACUCCUGACAGAACCACAAGACAUCGAUUUAUACACGCUUUCGCUUGCAGAUUUGAGCUUUUUAGAUGCUUGGCAAUAUCAACGCACUUUUCCCGAGUCCUCGCCAACUAGGACGCGGCUUCUCCAUAAACUGCUUGAGUGGUGUCUUUCUCCUACUCCACGAACCAGCCCGCUCGUACAACUCAUUGGUUUCCCGCUAAGUUCCUUCGAACAAUCCCAGCUUACGUCCUACGCUCUAAACCCUCCGCCGUCACUCCCUCCUCACUCUGUGGCUGUACUUCAAGAACUCGUCUGCGUCCGACUAAUCCAAUCCGCUGAUUACGUCGAAGCAAUCAAACUCGAGCGCCAGUUCGCUGCCGUGUCCGGGUCCUCCAGCAAGGAGCGCAAACAGCUCAUGGAUGAGAUCAUAUCUGCUCUCUCUCCCGCUGAAUGCUGGUCACUUGAAGCUGAAGUAGGCCAGAUUGCAACUGGCGUGCGCGCACCCCUUGCGUCCAGCUCUGCGAUUGCCCAACGGGAACGAAGGGUUUCUGGGAGACCCCGAGUACCUCUUGGGGAGCUGAGCAUGUCCUGGGAGGAAAUACCAAUCAAUUGCCCUUCCCCAUCCCUCCCUGCCUCGAUCGCCAGUGAUCGCAAGACUGUAGGUACACCCACUACGGCGGCCGUCAGCCCUGGUCGCUUCGAUUUUGGAACUAGCAAGUCCCAAAUCCACAUGAAUGUGUCUUCUCUAUCAGCUAGUCAGAGUUCUUUGAUGUCGGUGCCACACCUCGGCAAGUCACCUCAGCAGGCCGUACAGCCGUUCGCAGUACUGCCGCUCCGCCAAUCGGCAUCCGCUAUUACUCAUGUUCGCCCUUCAAGCAAUGCGCUUCCCGCUGCUCGUGAUACCGGUUCACCGGCUCGUGCCAUGCCCCCGCAGGUAUCGCUGUUCGAGAAGAUGGGCAGUGCGAAGCAUACUCCGAAUGCAUUCUAUAAGCCACCUCCCAAAACCAGGUUGUCUGCCGGAACUUUGCCACCCAUUCCAGCACCACCGUCGAAACCCGUAAAAACGGAUGCGACCACAGCCAAGCCAACAAAAGGAGACGUUAGCAUGAACUCUCAAAGCGCGCCAAGUGAAGACGAGAGCGAAGCUGAAAAAGGUAGUGAUACCUCUGCCGAGUUCAAAACCCAUGGAAAAGAAGCCGACAUAACCGUCCUCUCCGCUGAUACCGAGGAUAUCCCGAACCUCAGCUUUUCCGUGUUUGGGAGUUCUACGACUCAGAGGCCAAACAAAACAGGCUUGUCACACGACCAGGAUGGUCACCCUUCUACGGAUCAAUUUGUUCAGGAGGACAUGCGACGCGUUCCUCCUGGUGCGUUCCACGAUGUGGAAGACGAGAGCGACAGAGAACCCCCAUCUCCGCAGCAUAAUGCUCGUACUCGGUCUCACCUUGCCGUCGCUCGAUCUUCAUCGCGGAGUCCGCCACGCCAACCCACUCGUGGGAGGCGUACACCCAAAAAUGGAACACUGUCGCAGAGUAUUCCAGGGUCUCUAAUUGAUGAGGAUGAAGAGCAUGAGGUAAAUGUCAAAGAAGAAGAAGACGAUGUAACCCCUCUGCCAUCUUCCCGUCCGGCUCGCAAGUCCCGUACCUCCAAACCAAAUUCGUCCAAAUUGGCACCCCAGCCCAAGACUCCUACUAGGCGGUCGUCGAGGCUUUCGACGGCGUCUCUGUCCCCUGAAGGCCCUGACUUGUCGCCGCCGGGGCUGACCAGAAGUAGUCGACGCAAGAGCACGAGGACCACUGGUGCAGCACCGACUGUUGCGACGAGAAGCAGCACGAGACGGAAACGAUGAAUAACUAUGACUGACUUGUAUGGUGGUAAACAGGAUUUGCAAGAUUCUGAAUAAGAAUUCACUGAGGUGCACGGAAUAUCCGAGCUUGACAACAGGGAUGACAAUUCACAAGUGUUGUCCACUGAACCACGGUUGUGUAAUAUCUCACGUCACUGUCCAAGCCGAAGUGUUGUCCCGGGCCAGCCCAUAUGUGAAAACUUGCAAGAUGCAACAUCGUGGUAUGGCCCCAACGUGACAAAACCGUUGGGAAGUGAUGUUACAUCCGUGGUGGACAGAUUGGGGUGAAAGCAACCAUCGAAGUUCGGUACCUCUCGUAAAAGUGGUACCUUGCUGGGGUGAUUUCACUCCGGCUCCCCCGUUUUUCCAUCAGACUUAAUUAUGGUGCGUAAGAGAUAAGUUUGGAUCCGACAACGCCUGCCGUCAUUGCGGGUGAGCAUGCCUGUAGAUUAGAUGUUUCGGA